ACAUCAUGGCUCAAUUGGUUUGGAUAUUUCUGCUAAUCUGCUUGGUCAACUAUAGUGAUUCGGCCAAGUCCUCGCGGCAACGGCUACGCCUUAUGUGGAAGACCUUCAACUGCCUGGCCAAUUCCAACUACAUUUCGGGACACAAUUGUUUUAUUGUGGAACCCGAAAAGUCUCUGAUCACUGCGGAGCUGACCUACUUUGUGGAUAUCUCAAAGUACAAUGCAACGUUUAAGCUUUUCAUGCCCCGACCACCCAGCCGGCAGUUACAGAAGGUGAUCGACGUAAAUGUGGAUGUGUGUCAGUUCUCAAAGGGUCUGCAUGGCCACCGCUUCAUGACCAUCGUCAUCAAGGGCUUUGGAAAGAAGGCGUCCCAACUCAAGUGUCCCCAUCCCAGGGGGAACUACACUUAUCCGAAUAUAAACAUCGCCGACAACUUGCCAGCUUUCCUGCCCGAGACCGAUUUCAAAAUCGAGAUGAACUUCCUAACCUCCGAGGCCCAUGUCUUUAAUACCAGUCUCACCGGGUUCCUGUACGAUCCACUUAAGAAGAAGUAUAAACCCAAAGACGUAUAA